AUGAUAUGGAGGGGAUUGGAACACCUAAAUCACAUGAUUGGGAGGGGAUUGGAACGCCUGAAUCACAGGAUAUGGAGGGGAUUGGAACACCUGAAUCACAGGAUAUGGAGGGGAUUGGAACACCUGAAUCACAUGAUAUGGAGGGGAUUGGAGCACCUGAAUAACAUGAUUGGGAGGGGAUUGCAACACCUGAAUCACAUGAUAUGGAGGAGAUUGAAACACCUGAAUCACAUGAUAUGGAGGGGAUUGGAACACCUGAAUCACAUGAUAUGGAGGGGAUUGGAACACCUGAAUCACAUGAUAUGGAGGGGAUUGGAACACCUGAAUCACAUGAUUGGGAGGGGAUUGGAACACCUGAAUCACAUGAUUGGGAGGGGAUUGGAACAUCUGAAUCACAUGAUUGGGAGGGGAUUGGAACACCUGAAUCACAUGAUUGGAGGGGAUUGGAGCACCUGAAUCACAUGAUUGGGAGGGGAUUGGAGCACGUGAAUCACAUGAUAUGGAGGGGAUUGGAACACCUGAAUCACAUGAUUGGGAGGGGA